CUUGGAUACGCCAGUACAAGGAGUAGACAGUACAUAAUAAGACAUUACCAACUGGCUAUAUACUUUUGAAGUUCUGUCAUCGCACGUGUAUUAGUUAAAAUUCUGAAGGCUGCCCUCCCCACCACUACAUGUAGCAUUGGCAUCAGGCAGCAGUUUUGACUGGAGCAGUACCUACAACCCUUUCUGCGCCAUUUAAGGAAAAUGGAUUUUAAAGUGGUGAUUACGACUUGCAUGGAAAAAUAGCACUUAUAUAUUGCCUCAGUACAGAACCCAGUGGUAGAAUGAGCAGCUCAAGAGUGGACCUGAAGGUGGUGCUGCUUGGCAAAGAGUAUGGUGGAAAGACUAGCCUAGUAGAGAGAUACCUGCAUGACCGAUUCAACGCCGAUUUGCCCUAUCAAAAUACUAUAGGUGCAGCGUAUGGCGCAAGGAGGGUCAAGGUGGGCGAACAUACUGUAACGAUGGGCAUCUGGGAUACAGCUGGAAGUGAAAGAUAUGAAGCAAUGAGUAGAAUUUACUAUAGAGGCGCCAAGGCAGCCAUAGUUUGCUAUGAUCUGACAGAUAGUAGCAGCUUCGAUCGUGCAAAGUUCUGGGUGAAUGAACUUCGCCAGCACGAAGAAAAGUGCAAGAUAUAUUUAUGUGGUACUAAGCAAGAUUUAGUAGAUGGAGACCUGAAAAAACACAGAAGUGUCGAUUACUACAACACAACUGAUUUUGCUGAUGAAAUAAAUGCUCGGGUAUUUGAAACUUCAAGUAAAACAGGGAACAACGUUAGGGAAUUGUUUUAUAAAGUGGCCGAAGAUUUUUGCAAUGAUCCAACAAACUUCCAAAAACAGGAUGACAGCACACUGCACAUCUAUGACGAGCCACAGGGAAAGUCAUGCAUGUGCUGAUGACCUCGCACCUGCUUUUUAGUGAUGCAUUAUAGACAUUUUAAUUACUAACAUUUACAAGACUUCGCAAACAAAGCUCCUUGAGUGAAUUGACCUAGUUCAGAAGAUAAUACUGAACCACAGUGAACGGUUUCCUGCUUCUCAUUGAGCAUCACCUGCAUU